CGCCCAAGAUACCAAUCAUUAGACCAUGACAUUUAAUCGAAGCUCUCUGCAAUCACGAGAAGCUAGAGAAAGACGUCAAUGACCUUCAGAGAAAGGUAGCGGAAUCGGCAACAGAAAUUGAAGAGCAAGAAGCAUAUAGUCGCAGGAAUUGUCUUCGUAUUCAUGGAAUAGUAGAGUCACCCAAUGAAAAUACCAACGAGCUGAUUGUGAAGCUUGCGAGAGAAAAGUUGAAAAUCGACGUGGUAGUCGGGGACAUCGAUAGAUCUCAUCGAAUUUAUCCGAGAAAUCUAGAUUCAUCGGAAAGCCCCAAACUUUGACUGUCAAAUUUUCGCGGUUCAACGUGAGAGACGAAUUUUACCGUGCUCGCACCAAUUAAUCUACGCGGGAGCAAGAUAUACGUCAACGAAGACCUAACCAAGAAUCGGCAGAUACUCUUCAACAAAGCUCGUAAGUGCGAAAAGGUCAGGAAAAUCUGGACAAAUAACAAUAACAAAGGAAGACAAGAAAGGGUGUUACCAUGCAUGCAAUCAGGAGAUUCGUGAGUCUUCUUAUCUUAGGAACGCUGGCGCUGGUACUGCUGAUUUUUGUCGUAAAAGGUCCUACAGGUUUCGCUCUUAUAAAUGGGGAUCAGAUAGAGUAUGAUGGCGUCAGGAGAGCAACGCAUGUCGUACGGAUCGAGCCAGUAAAUAUUCGAUUAGCUGCUGACAAAACAGAGAGAGCGCACCAAACAGUUGAACAUGGGAAGACCGUAGCUAGUUCAGAAGACCGCAAAACUUACCAAACAGGAACAAGGAGAGUUGAAGACAAUAACGAGAAUGCAUUGGCCAAGAAUGCGUUCAGGGAAGCAUCACUCACAGUCACUUCCGGUACUGAAAUACAAGGAAAGCCCUCCCCCGCAAGAACCGAUUCAGACAUCCUGUACGAUACAAAACUGCGCCCUCAAUAUGACGGCAUCGAAGAAACUGCCAAUCCGCACAUGGAGAAUGCGCGGCUUAAUGGAAACACGAGUACAGACACCGUGAGUGCGUCUGUACGCAAAUCGAGUGGACCUGCGCGUAAUGACGUCACGACGUGCACUCCGCGAAAGAACUUGUUGUUUCUUAAAACGCACAAAACUGGAAGCUCAACCAUACAGAACAUUGUGUAUCGUUAUGGUGACGCUAACGGGUUAACAUUUGCCCUCCCCCAAUCAGGCGUAUACUUUGGAGUGCCCGCAUUGUUUCGAAGGACGUUUCCAAUCAAGUCCCCGACAGGGAAAUACAAUAUGCUCGCCAAUCAUGCAAGAUAUAACCGCCCCGAAAUGGCAAAGAUUAUGUAUGCCAACGCAGCAUACGUGACCAUCUUUCGUCAUCCGUCAACACAGUUUGAUAGUAUGUACGUCUACUAUGGCUUUGGAGGCAUAUUCAAGGUUAACCUAUCAGGGUUUGCGGACAAUCCUCUUAGCUACUACCGUAGACAAGGUUCUACUCCUGCACACAGCGCCCUCAACCCAACUCUCUAUGACCUUGGUAUGGCAAAAUCUGAAUUCAGCAAUGAGAACGCUAUACAACAUAAAAUUGCGAGUUUGGAGGAAGAGUUUGACUUGGUCCUGGUAGCAGAGUAUCUUUUGGAAUCGUUGGUGCUGUUAAAAGAUUUGAUGUGCUGGGAUUUUAGCGAUGUUACCUAUUUCUCGGCCAAUGCGAGGAUAAAGUCAAAAGUAAACGAAAUGUCAGAGAGGACCUUCACCCAGCUUUACAAGUGGAACCACGGUGACGCGCUCCUCUAUGAACAUUUCAAUAGGACACUAUGGAUGAAGGUAAAUGCGUACGGGCGGGAAAGGAUGGCCCGGGAUGUGAGAAUACUGGGGAAAAUGAACGAAGCACUUGCAGAAAAAUGCUUAAGUGGGACUCAAGCUGAAAUGAGUAUGUCGACGUCAGUCAGUCGUUAUGUUUUAAAAGACAGUAUGAAGGAUGACGUUCAGUGCAUUAGAAUGAUUCGGCCAGCAAUUCAGUAUCUAGAAACAAUGAAAAAGAAGCAAACGGGAACUAAUUUGAGACAUUUAUAACUACAGUAAUGUAUUAAUUUCCGGUUAGUUGUUGGAAACGAUUACCUGAACUCAUUUCAAGUUGAUGCAACCGAAUUUUCGAGUUUCAUACAAGAGGGUGUUUAGGAGGCAAUCAUUGUUUGAUCAAUUAAAAAGCGUACUCACCACCUGAAUAUUCAUUAAUUAUUAGUACUGAUGAUAUAUGGUUCAAAAUAAAUUUGAACUAAAUCAUUCCUUUUACAUAUUCUACGACGACAUUUUGAUCACGCUGUUUUUCUUCUCUUUAUAUAACUCUCUCUUAACUACCUACCGCACAUUAUACGAUCUGUUUACGAUCUGACUACGAUCCGAUAUGUGAAGAAUUUACAAUAGCAUUUUAUAUGAACAUUCAAACUUUUUACGUCUAAAUGAUUGAGGAUCUGAAAAGUCAAAUGCCUAAUACAAGUAUACACUGUGAUGACCCUACGUUGUAAGAUGCAUCAAUUUAAAGGACAGGUGCGUGCUUUGUUCAUUUUGUUUUUGCCUGGAAGAUUCUGAUGAAUAUGACGCUAAAAACUACCUAAACUAAAAUACCGGCCAGAUAUCAGCUCCACUGUUACAUGAAAUAUAAACAUAUGGCGCGCCUCUGAUUUAUUUUCUCUAAUGUACUAGUCCAAUAUAGUUACACGGAUGUAUUUUAUAAACUAUGUUCUGGUCAACCCACUUGUUUUUCCCAACAUGAAAUCGGGUUCAUAAAACAAAGACAAAAAAUGGAGCAAUGGUUAUUGUAUAUUACAAUUGUUCUGGUUAACUCUUUGGGGAUAUGUUCGGAAUCCAAUAAUACAAACCUUCAGACUUAUAAACAUUUGCAUUUUUAGAUUUAUGAAGCUACAAAGAAAGCCCCCCCCCCCCCCCGUAAUCUGUUUCAUUCAAAACGCUGCGACAUAGUGACUAUCUUGGACUUGAAAUACGAGAUGUAGAUCCCCAUAUGUUUUUUUUCAUUGAUGUAUUCGUUUUAUAUUUCAUUAUUGUAUUUGUUUAUUUAAUGACAUAUAUUUUUUAUUUGUAGCUA